CGGAGGGGGAGACGGUCCCAAGAUGGCGGCGCUGCAGGCGGAGCGCGGGUACGGGCUGUCCUGCGGCCGCCUCGGCCGCGGCACCCGCGUCUCCGUCUUCCACGUCAAGCUCACGGAGAGCGCCCUACGCGCCUUCGAGAGCUACCAGGCCUGUAAGGAUGCUGUGACGUCAAAACCAGUCAUCCAGUUUCAAGGAAGCCAAGGGCACAUCGCCAUCCCGAGGCCCGAUCGACCGGCGGAAGUGAGGACCUUCACCUUUUAUCUCUCCAAUAUUGGCAAGGACAGCCCCCAGGGGAGCUUUGACUGCAUCCAGCAGUAUGUGUCCAGCAAUGGCAAUAUCCAUUUGGAUUGCCUGGGAAGCAUACAGGAUAAAAUCACCGUGUGUGCUACUGAUGAUUCCUACCAGAAGGCGAGGCAGAGCAUGGCACAGGCAGAGGAGGAGACUCGCAGCCGGAGCGCCAUAGUCAUUAAACCUGGGGGGAGAUAUGUAGGCAAAAAGGUUCAGGUGCGUAAACCUGCACCAGGAGCUUCCGAUGCUGUUCCCUCCAGGAAGCGCCCAACGCCAGUCAACCUUGCCAGUGCAAUAAAGAGAGGCAAUAGUGCCAUUUCCCAGAGACCCUUCAAAGAUAGGGUUGUGCACUUACUGGCACUAAAGCCUUAUAAGAAACCUGAACUUAUUCUCAGAUUGCAGAAGGAUGGACUUUCUCAGCAGGACAAGGAUUUGCUGGAUAACCUUCUGCAACAGGUGGCAAAUCUGAGUGCCAAGGACAGCACUUUCACACUGAAAGAUUGUGUAUACAAAGAAGUGCAGAAGGACUGGCCUGGCUACUCAGAAGGAGAUCAGCAAUUGUUGAAGAGGAUCCUCGUUAGGAAGCUGUGCCAGCCCCAGAACAGCGGCGCUUUCCAGGGAGAAGCUCCUUCCCUGAGCCCUCCAAAGGACACCCUCAGCUCCAGCUCUCCCCCCCAGAAACGACCCUUACCUGUGGAGUUCAUCGACCCCCUGGCCAACAAAAAGCCCAGGAUCUCCCAUUUGGCUCACAGAACCCAACCCACUCUCAACGGGAAGCUGAAUUCCUCCAACGGGAAGGACAGCCUGGCCCUCCCUGCCCCUGCCCUGCCCCCGGAGCCCGUGAGCUCCAGCUCCUCCCUGCCGGCCCUGGAGCUGCCCAGGCCCCACGAUCCCCUCUCGGAUGUCAGCAACGACCUGACUCACAACGGCAGAGACUGUGAGAGCAGCACGGAGCCUCCCGAGAGACUGAGUCACCCCCUGCCCACAGACUGUGCCCAGAGCAGCAAACACAACUGCGGCUCCUACGUCAAAUCCAAGAAAAAAUCCAAAAAGCACAAAGACAAGGAGAAGGAGAGGAAGGAGAAGAAGAGCGAGGAGAAGUGCAAAGAGGAGAAGCAGAACUGUGAAGUAAUAAAAAAUGCUGAUUUAGUUAGUGUUGCCCAGGAGCAGGUCCCAGGUUUAAAUGGAACAUGCACUAAUUCUAGUGUACCAACAUCAACUUCAGACAUGCCAGAUUAUUUAUUAAAAUACGCAGCCAUUUCCUCCUCGGAGCAGCGUCAGAGCUACAAAAACGACUUCAACGCGGAGUACAACGAGUACCGGGACUUGCACGCCCGGAUAGAGCGGAUAACCCGACGGUUCACCCAGCUGGACGCCAAGCUGAAGCAGCUUCUGCAGGGCUCUGAGGAGUACAAGACCAUCCACGAUCAAAUUUUACAGGAAUAUCGGAAAAUUAAAAAGACAAACCCCAACUACAGCCAAGAGAAGAACCGCUGCGAAUACCUCCACAACAAACUGGCCCACAUCAAAAAACUGAUAGCAGAGUAUGACCAGCAGCAGUUUUAGCUGCCACUCACCCCUGGACUGGGUAGGGCAAACCAAAAUCCAGUCACCCUGGACGUUACGUUCCCUUUUGUACACCCAAAAUCCCUUUCAGAGACGAGCAUUAAUUCCUCGUGGUUGAAGAACUUGGGGAUGACUUUAAGAUGCCAGAUCUGUCAUGUCCACGUCCAGCACGCUCCUCCCGAGUUUUUAAGCCUCUCUGAAUGUUGGAAUGUAACAAAUGGAUAACAAAAAACAAACAAAGAAACAAAAAAAAAAAAAAGAAAAACAGACAAAAAAAAUUCUGCUUAUUUGAAGCCAGCGUUUGACACUUAAGGGAAAACUUGCCUAAAGUGACCGAAGCUCCCAAAGGUUAAGAAUCUGUAGUUUUCAUGGAUUAAAAGUUUGGCAUGAAGUUGUAAUUGCCCAGCUCCACGUGGGUUACAAAUUGUCCUACAAAUGGUGAGGAACUGGAAUUGCUGCUAGGACUGUUUGGAAUGAGAGCUGUGUGCUCCCGGCUCCGCGGAAAUACACCACGUUCCCUGAGCUCUGCUUGUCUGGCCCUGCUUUGUCAUUGGCAUCCUCGGCGUGGGGAGGGGUGGUGGCAGCACAGGGGGUCCCCUGGGGCUCAGCACCUUGGCCAGGGCAGAGGUGGAUCCCAAAAAAAGGAAAAAAACCAAACCCCCAAACCCCCUUUUUUUUCUCCGCUUUGUGCGUUUGGUUGCAAACCUCCUGCCCAGUCUGCCCAGUUCACCUCCAGCCACCAGUGCUGGGAAGAUGGAGACCUGUCUGGCUUUGACUUUUCUAAUUUUCUACCAAGGCAGCCAAUUUUAUUAAUUGCUAAUGAGACUAUGGUCUAUUUUUGUAUCAAAGGAAAAAAAGCAUCUUUUUUCUAAAACUGUGCCUCCCUUUUCCUUUUAGGCCAAGUGCUUGGGACCUUUUCCUUGCAGUAUUACUCAAAGUGACCCAGGAGUCACCCAGAGCAAUGACUUUAUUCCUUGAUCCAUGACAGGAGGGGGUGGGGGGUGCUCUGCUUUCUCCUGGGAUAUUUUUUUUUUUUUUGUGUCUCUGUGUGUGUGCGUCUUUGCAAGGCAGCAGCAAAUCCUUGUGAGAGCAGCAAGGUGCUGGUUUCCCACGCGGAUCCCUUCCACUGGUGUGCUUCAGCUCAGCCAGCUUCUCCCUGCAGUCCUGCUUCCUGAUUUUUUUAUUUAAUUCUUUACUUUGGAUUGAAGGGAACGCUUCAGAGUAUGGCCAGGGUGUGAGAAACACUCCAAAAAGCACAAAGGUGUCCUUUAACUCUGCUGUUCCUUUCUUUCUCUCCCCUCUCCCCUUUCUAAUCCUGCCAGCCUGUGGGAUUUGACUUCUCCCCGCUUCCUCCGUUUAUCUCAGAGUAAAGGAUUCCUUCCCUGUGGAGUCUCCUUCCCUUGGAGGUGGCACUGAAGAGCCUUUCACCCUUUGAAGGAGAGGAAUGGCAGAGUUAAGGAGGGAAACACUUCUUACAACAAGGAGUUAUUUUGAGUUUGGUUUUUUCGUUGUUUUUUUUCCUUGCCCCAAACGAAACGUGGGUCCAUCUGCUGUAUUAAAAAUAGGAGAUAAAAUUACUAAUUAUUAUAUUAUAAUUUCACACAGCCAGGGCUAAUUAUUAUUAUUAUUGUUAUUAUUAUAUUAUAAUUUCAUUGUUGUCACACAGCCAGGGCCACUGCUUUUGCUUUGUCACUUUAUUCUGAGGUCUCUCCCUGUGCAUCCAGCGCUCAGCAGGGCUUUGCCGUCCCCUUCUCCAAGGGAGAGGUGACAGCCAGAGGGACGUGGAAUGCCACCAGAAUUCCACUGGUCCUGGAGAAGGGGAGUGGGAAGAGCUGCUCUGCCCACGGAGCACAGGGGGAGCACCCCAGAGCCCCCCAGGCCGUUCCUGCUGGGAGCCUGGGGGUCAGGAAUGCUAUGCUCCCAUCCCUCCCUCCCCACAUCCGAGCUGGAGGGCAGCACCGCCUGCCUCGGGUGCUCCUGGAAAACGCUGGCAGUUCUGAGGGCGGGAGCUUUGUCUGGGAACCUUGGAGCUCCGGGGAUCCCAGCUGGGAAUUCCGGCCGGGGCAGCCCUGGGGGUCUGGGAGGGGAUGAGGAGCCCCUGGCGCGUCCCAAAUCCUCAGCAAAGCCCCAAAGCCCGCUCUGGGAUUGUCACUGCGCAGCCCAGCGCCGCCGGCCCUGCCCCGCACCGGGAUUUUGGGGUGGAAAAUGGGAAUUUCCCCAGUGCUGGGGUUUGGGGGGGGCUUCGUUCCGACUGCAGAGGAGGCGGAACUCGGGAUGGCAGAAGAGGCAGCAGCUACAAACCCAGGAUGAGUAAAUUCUUCCAUGGAAACACUUCUCCCGAUCCUUCGUGUUUUGAAAGGAGGGGUUUUUUUUUUUGUUGUUGUUGUUGUUGUUGCUUGGGGAGGGGGGGAUAGAGAUGGAUCUCAAUCUUUAUACAUCUGCUAUAAGAUAUUUUUGCAAACAGAGUUGUAUACAAAGAUGUAUUGUGUACAUUUACAUGUAUAUUCUGGAACUUCUAAAAAAUUUGAAUAUUAAAAAAAAAACCCUGAAAAUAUUUAAUUAAUUAUCCAAACUGUGAGACCCAAUUAGCAUCCACCAACUUCCUGCUUCACUUUUCUUUUGGACUGUGUUAAAGAAUUGUAGUCGAAUCUGCCUUUUUUUUUUUUUUUUUUUUUUUCUUUUUAGAGACGAAGCUUAGGCAAAAUUUUGUGCUUUUUGGGUUAAUAGAAACCAGUUCUAGGUGAUUUAAGUAUGAUCUUAACUUAUUGAUACUGUGUUUUACUUUGUAAUAUUGUACUGUGGAUAAAAACUAUAUUGAGCCAUGGAGUUGGAGUUUACAAAAGAGCUUUUCACUUUGCCAAAAUGUUACAAUUUCAAGGCAGCAUAGUCUUCAGCUUUCCUAAUCUUUUUUCUUAAGAGCUAGUGUCCUUUUUUUGUACACUAAAAAAGCUGAAUGCUGAUUUUGCAACAUAUAAUAAAUUCACUGUAUUGGAAAACAA